AUGCACCGCGGUCUCUCGCUACUCCUCCUCGCCGUCACGGCAACCUGGACCGUGGCGGCACCCACCAAGCCGCGUGCGAAGCAUAGCUUCAAGGCUGGCGCCAAGGGUCACAAGAAGUGCUCCGGUGGCCAGGCCAUGUCUCGUGCUUAUCGCAAGUACGGGUGGGACAUCAUCUUCCAGGAGCCUCUCUCGACGUUUGAGGAUAAGUGGCCAAGCGAGGGCUACUCGGACCAGCAGUCCAGCGCGUCGCCUUGGGAAGUAUACACGACUCUCACCAUCGCACCCUGGGAAGUGGCUCAGCCUUCCAGCGCCGCCGCCGGGUACGGACUCCCUUCUUCGAGCUCAGACGCAUGGUUCAUCAUCGGAUCAUCCAGCGUGCCAGCGUUCCCAUCCGAGAGCGUCAUCGUCUCUGGUUCGCCUGCCUCGGCUAGCGUGAUUCCUUCCGGACAGCCCUCCCAGCCCUGGCCCGUGAGCAGCAUUGCGGCGAGCACGUCUGUGCCUCUGCCUUCUCAGUUCGGAUCCAGCAGUAUGAGGCCAGGCCCUGCCUCAAGCAGCAGUUCAGUGGUCAGCGCGCCCGCACCGUCAUCCUCAUCUCCUUCGGGCAGCGGAUCUGACGAUGGCGAAGUCAGCGCCACUCCCGAGGACAAUGAGGCUGCUUACAUCUCACCCGUCACUAUUGGAGGCCAGAAGAUGAACCUGGACUUCGACACCGGAUCUGCCGACCUCUGGGUGUUCAGUUCUGCCAUGCCUCAGAGCGAGAGCUCCGGCCACGCUGUGUUCAACCCAUCCAAGAGCUCCACUUUCAAGAAGUACGGUGGCGGGUCAUGGCAGAUUCAGUACGGCGACGGCAGCACCGCCCAAGGUUCAGUUGGCUUUGAUGUUGUCAACGUCGGCGGCGUCAUCGCGCAGAGGCAGGCCAUUGAGCUUGCCGAGGAGGUGUCCACAUCCUUCCUAGAGUGGGAGGCGAACGAUGGUCUGCUGGGUCUGGCAUUCAGUAGCAUCAACACAGUCUCACCCCAGCCGCAGAAGACGUGGUUCGAGAAUGUGAUGGACGAUCUCGAGCAACCCCUCUUCACCGCUGACCUCGAGGAAGACGCUUCUGGCACCUACGAGUUCGGAACGAUCGACACGAGCAAGUACACUGGCGAGAUCAGCUACGCUCCAGUGGACAACCGCGACGGUUUCUGGGCCGUCGAGUCGCAGACGUACACCGUCGGCGGCAACACUCACCAAUGCCAGACCUGCAGCUUGACCAUCGCCGACACCGGCACCUCGCUCUUGAUCUGGGACAACGAUGUCGUCGAGACGUACUACAGCCAAGUGCAAGGCGCGCAGCUGUCCAGCCAGGGUUACCAGUACCCUUGCAGCUCAACCCUUCCAGACUUCGGCGUGGCGAUCGGCGACCACACCGUGACGGUAAAGGGGGCGGACAUGACGUACAUGGAGGCAGGGCAAGGGAUAUGCUUCGGUGGUAUUCAGCCCAACGAAGGCAAUGGGGUGAACAUCAUCGGAGACGUGCUGCUGAAGCAGUACUUUGCGGUCUUUGAUGCUGGGCAGAUGCGUUUCGGGGUGGCUGCGAAGGCAUAA